CCACGAUUCACGAAGUUCAAGUCGAAAGAUCGUGACUUUCAAUUCUGUAAUAUCGUAAACCAAUAUUAUUGUGAACUUUAACAGUGACUUUGGAAUAACACAAACAUGCCGAAGGUUUCAGUUAAGGUAAAAUGGGGGAAGGAGAUGUACCCGGAUGUGGAGGUGAACACAGAUGAUGAUCCAGUGGUGUUCAAGGCCCAGAUAUUUGCUUUAACUGGUGUUCAGCCAGAGAGGCAGAAGGUGGUCUGCAAAGGGGUUACACUUCGAGACGAUAGCUGGGCCAAUUUCAAAUUAUCAAAUAAAGCACUGGUACUAGUGAUGGGCAGCAAAGAGGAGGAUGUGCCAGCAGCCCCUGUUGAACAGACUCGCUUUGUUGAGGAUAUGAAUGAGUCUGAGUUGGCAUCUGCUCUCGACCUCCCAGAUGGUCUUAUAAAUUUGGGGAACACUUGCUACAUGAAUGCAACAGUACAGUGCCUGAAGACUGUCCCUGAGUUAAGGACUGCUCUCCUCAAGUAUGAUCAGUCGUCUGGCGGUGGUACUGCGGGCGCGCUCACGUCGGCGCUGAGUGAGACGAUGCGGGCGUUGGAAGGUGGGGGGGCGGGGGCGUGUGCCGCGGCUGUCGCGCGUUUGUUGCACGCUCUACACGCGGCGGCCCCUAGACUAGCGGAGAGGGGUGCGGGGGGACAGCUAGCACAACAGGACGCCUCAGAGUGCUGGUCGGAAAUAGUUCGCGCACUUAGAAGUAGGCUGCCCAUAACGCCUGAACCGGAUAGCAAAUCCUUGGUCGAGAAGUACUUCGGCGGGACGUUAGACGUUGAGCUGGUGUGCAGCGAGGCGGAUGAGCCACCCACCAAGUCCUCGGAGACAUUCUUGCAGCUGUCUUGCUUCAUCUCGCAAGACGUGAAAUAUUUGCAAUCUGGACUGAGAUCUAAAAUGUCAGAACAAAUCACUAAAAUGUCAGACACUUUAGGAAGGGACGCUGUUUACACAAAAACCAGUAAAAUCAGUCGCUUGCCAGCGUAUCUAACGGUGCAAUUCGUGCGGUUCUUCUUCAAGGAGAAGGAAUCAAUUAAUGCGAAGAUUCUGAAGGAUGUCAAGUUUCCAUUGGAGUUAGAUGUUUACGAGCUAUGCACGCCCGAACUCCAGGAGCGAUUGGCACCCAUGAGAAAUAGAUUUAAGGAGUUGGAAGAUGCAUCCGUCGAAUCUGCUUUAGGCACGAAGAACAAGAGUCACGGCGACAGCAAAAAAGAGGCUAAAAGAAAGACUAUACUGCCAUAUUGGUUUCACAAUGAUGUUGGCAGCAACAACAGUGGGUACUACCGUCUCCAGGCAGUGCUGACGCACAGAGGACGCUCGUCGUCCUCCGGGCACUACGUGGCGUGGGUGGCACGCGGCGACAACUGGCUGCGCUGUGACGACGACACCGUCACGCCCGUUACCGAGGACGAGGUGCUCAAACUCAGUGGUGGAGGCGACUGGCAUUGCGCAUACCUGCUGCUUUAUGGACCCAAGAUCCUCGAGAUCCCUCACGAGGAAGAAGAGCCCAUGGUGACUGACAUAACUGGCGAGCCGGCAGGCGACCCACCCACGGCACUGGCGUAAUUACCCUGCCCUGACCCGCAACUCGGUAAUAAGCUCUGGGAAUGAGGGAUCAAGUCUGCCUAGUUGAGGAUGUUUUAAGCAUGGAGCUAUACCAUAUGUGUAAUGAGUAUGUAGGGAUUCAACUUUGUAUGUAUACUCAUUGGAAGUAUCGGUGCGCAAGCAAAGUCGGCCUGCAAAAAGCCUCGCGGGUACUCAACACUCCUUCGCACUGGACCCAUUCGUUCCUGGGUCGGGCGGCCGAAUCGACUUAUCACCAGCAACCAGAAUAGGUAGUGAAAUUUUGUGGAGUAUAUGCUAUUACAUCUAACUAGGUUGCAAUUUAUAUAUUUGAAGCUUAAUAAUAAAUCGAAUAUAAUGA